AUGUCGCUGGUGGAAUCCUCAAGGGAGGAAAAUGUUUACAUGGCCAAGCUUGCCGAGCAGGCUGAGCGCUACGAGGAGAUGGUCGAGUUCAUGGAGAAGGUCGUGAAGGCUGUGAACACAGAGGAGCUGACCGUGGAAGAGCGCAACCUCCUCUCGGUGGCCUACAAAAACGUUAUCGGCGCGCGCCGCGCAUCGUGGCGUAUCAUCUCCUCCAUUGAGCAGAAGGAGGAAAGCCGUGGCAACGAUGACCAUGUUGCCCUGAUCAAAGAUUACAGAGGUAAGAUCGAAACAGAACUCAGCAAGAUCUGUGACGGCAUCUUGAAGCUCCUCGAUUCCCACCUUGUCCCCUCUGCCGUUGCCGCCGAGUCCAAGGUCUUCUACCUCAAGAUGAAGGGGGAUUACCACAGGUACGGUAUUAACAAAUCUGUUGGAAACAUUAUCAACUGGAUGCCUUGAGUUGCGUUUGUUUGAUUCAUCAUCCUUCCAACACUGUAGGUACCUGGCUGAGUUCAAAACCGCAGCUGAGAGGAAGGAGGCUGCAGAGAACACAUUGCUGGCGUAUAAGGCUGCCCAGGUAUAUCACGUGGGAUGUGCGGUUUACUCUGGCUACCUACCUCACGUUGCUUGAGGUAGUGUUACUGGGUUUUGACAUUUAUUCUGUUCACUUAUUUCUGAUGAUAUUUAGGACAUUGCACUGGCGGACUUAGCACCCACCCAUCCGAUCAGGCUUGGGCUUGCACUGAACUUCUCUGUGUUCUAUUAUGAGAUUCUGAAUUCCCCGGAUCGUGCCUGCAAUCUUGCGAAGCAGGUUUGUCAAUUUGUCUGUGCAUUCUCCUUUCUGGUCUCUGUUUAAUCAUUUUUAGAUUGAUUUAAUCAUUCAUACUCCGUGCUAUACCUCUUGUAUUUUUCUUUUGAUUUCAAAUGUUUCUAUUCUUUCAUUUUGCCAUUUUUCCUUUGUAGUACUAUUUUUCUCAUUGGUCAUUCUCUUAUGUUCAUAAUCUACUUAAUUUUCCAAGCAUGCGGAAUUAUGCAGGCUAGGUAACCACCAUUACUAUUAGUCUGUGUGAAUUAAGUGUAACCACGUUGUCUUUUAAUAGGAGUGUGAAAAGCUUUUGAACAUGGUGGAAAGAUAAUAUUCUAGAGAAAAACGUUGUUGUCUAGGGAUCUAGAAGUUUCACAUUCACAUGUUCAGGUUGUAGAUUUAUUCUUUGUAGACAUGGUUUGGGCAUAGCUCUUUUUUUUUUCCUCCCUAGUGAGUGUCCUUUGGAUUGAAAUUUCUUUGAAAGUGUCCCCUGGCAGACAAAGUUGCGUUGAUAACCAAGGCGGUUACCUAGGGCAUUCCACGGGAGAUGUUGAUACUUUAAUUGCCAAGGUGGGCCUCGGCCCAAUUGCCUUUUCAGGCUGGUGCCAAUCUGGCUGUCUUGUCGCCUUUGCAGUGUAGUGGACCAUUGCCUUCGUGUCCUAGUAGCACUAGGAAUAUGAAGAAGCACUCAGUCGUAUCCAGAAUCCUUGGAUCAUUAUAAACUUAGACGGGGUUUGUUAAGGCACAGAGUUCGUAUUUGCCUUCGUCUUCUUCCUCGUAUUGCGCCUUUUGGCCAUGUCGUGGGAGGGUCUGUUGACUGAAUAUUUGAUUGAUAGAAAUUCCUGAACAAUAAGUUAGUGUAAAUAUAUCAAGAAUAAUUUUCCACGUUCAGAUGUGGGGCAUUCUCGCUCUAUUGAAACGUUCAUCUAUGUUUUCAAUUUUAUCCUUUUCGGGGAACUGUUCUCCCCCAAUGUUUGAUCAUUUCAAGGCGAAACUUGCAAUUCCCCCAACCAUGGAUUCAAAAAAAAAAAGAAGAAGAAAAAUUGAGAAAAAGAAACAUUUAUAUAUCUGAUUCGGGCAUAUUAUUGAUUUUUGGUUCUUGCACAUGCAGGCCUUCGACGAGGCAAUAUCCGAGCUGGACACGCUGGGCGAGGAGUCCUACAAGGACAGCACCUUGAUCAUGCAGCUCCUCAGGGAUAACUUAACCUUGUGGACCUCUGACGCUCCGGUUUGCCUUCUUCUCUCUUCAGCUCUGUGGUCUCUCUCUUUUUUUUCUGCAUUAGUUUCCUUUUAUUGCCUUUAUUCGGAUCAAGAGGAAAUACGUCGGAGACACAAGAGCUCUUUGAACCGCUGUCGUCAGAAAUAGAUGGAGAAUCUUCUCCUACAUACCGCAGGAUUUCGUUCGGAUUUGUAAUGGUUGAUAGAUUUCAAGAGAAAGAGAUGCUGGUUUAUACACUCGGAAGAUGGUUGGCAGAGGAAAAAAAAACUUCUUAUAAUAUGGGUAGGGGUUUUUAUUUCGAUUUCAUGAUGGAUUUAUUUAAUGCCAUUCUGUCCCACGCAAUGAAAAGUCAAAAUUUAGGUUGAAAUCAUCAUCACCAUUAUCAUCAUCAUCAUCAUCAUCAUCUUCCUCCUUAUGCUCUUUGAAUCAAUUAAUGGCCACUGCUAGCCAAGAACCUCAAGUGAUGUAGAUCUCUGGAAUUGAAUGAAUCUAGCCAUAAUAUGACUAAUUCUAGUCCAAAACCUAAUUUAGGUUGAAAUCAUCAUCAUCAUCCUCAUGUCCAUCAAAUCAAUUAAUGGCCACUGGUAGUUCUAGAUCUCAACUGAUGUUGGUCUCUGGGAUUGAGUGGUUCUGGCCGAAAUAGGAUGAACUCCACAGAUAUAAUCUUCCUUCCAUUUUCGGGUUGGUUCAUCAGUGCCAUCAUCUGCAUUUCUCCUUCUCAUUGACUUUCUUUCCUUCAGGACGACGGCGGGGAUGAGAUCAAGGAAGCCCCCAAACGCGAGGCUGGGGACGGUCAGUAA